UCCACUAUAUAUAUCCAACCCUACUUCAUCAAGUUCUCAACCUAAUUUCUUAUUACCUCAAUUAAUUCCAUCCAUCUAUCUGAUCAUCUCUAACUUCAGUCAGAAAUGGAGGUUCCACUGAACAACAACAGCCACAAAUGCUUAUCCAAGAUAGCAACCAACGAUGGCCAUGGUGAAAACUCCCCCUACUUUGAUGGCUGGAAAGCUUUCGACUCAGAUCCUUACCAUGCUGAAAGCAACCCCACCGGAGUUAUCCAAAUGGGUCUUGCUGAAAACCAGCUUUGCUUUGAUUUGGUUGAAGAAUGGAUCCAGAAGCACCCUGAAGCUUCCAUAUGCACACCUCAAGGAGGUUUUGGUUUCAAGGAGAUAGCCAUUUUUCAAGAUUAUCAUGGCUUGCCCAGUUUCAGAAAGGCGAUUGCUAAUUUCAUGAGUCAGGUUAGAGGAGGCCGUGUGAGGUUCGACCCUGAUCGGAUUGUGAUGAGCGGUGGAGCCACCGGAGCUCAUGAGACCGUGGCUUUUUGCUUGGCUAACCCUGGUGAAGCUUUUUUGGUGCCCACCCCUUAUUAUCCAGGGUUUGAUCGUGAUUUGAGAUGGCGAACKGGAGUCGAGCUUUUACCAGUUGUUUGUGAAAGCUCGAACAACUUCAAGGUCACCCUUAAGGCCUUAGAGGAGGCUUACGAGAAAGCCCAAGAGUCAAACAUUAAAGUCAAAGGUUUACUCAUCACCAACCCAUCAAAUCCUYUGGGGACUUUCUUCGACAAAGAAACCUUAAAAAAUCUCSUAACUUUCAUCAAUAACAAAAACAUCCAUCUAAUUUGCGAUGAAAUCUAUGCCGGCACCGUGACCACAGASCAUGAAUUCRUUAGCAUUGCCGAGAUCRUCGAMGAAUAUCCCACGAUUUGCAAUCGCAAUCUAAUCCACAUCGUCURUAGUCUCUCGAAAGACAUGGGAUUCCCUGGAUUCAGGGUCGGRAUCGUYUAUUCCUACAACGAUACCRUUGUCAAUAUAGCUCGUAAAAUGUCGAGUUUUGGGCUCGUUUCAACUCAAACCCAACACAUGAUCAGCUCGAUGCUGUCCGAUGAUCAUUUCGUCAAGAAUUUCAUUUCCAAGAACCGGAGCCGGCUUGCCCACCGGCACGAUAUGCUCAGCAGGGAACUAGCCCAAGUCGGGAUCGGCAGCCUGGAMAGCAACGCCGGACUUUUUUUCUGGAUGGAUUUACGCCGUUUCUUGAAAGAACCAACAUUCGACUCUGAAAUGAUAUUUUGGAAGAUUAUAAUAAGUGAAAUUAAGCUAAAUGUUUCACCGGGAUCGUCUUUUCACUGCUCGGAACCCGGCUGGUUUAGGGUUUGUUUUGCAAAUAUGGACGACGAGACUGUUACAGUCGCCGUCCAGAGAAUAAAAUCGUUUGUGCACAAAAACAAGAUGCUGGAGAUCAAGACRACGUUGGCGAAGACCAAGAAACAAUGUUGGCAAAAGAAUCUUCACCUCAAGUUAUCGUCUCGAAGGCUGGAAGAUAUCAUGUCGCCACACUCGCCAAUCACCUCGCCGAUGCUCCGAGCACAAAACUAGGGCGAACGUAUGGUACUGCUUUUAAUGCAUGGUGUGCAAUUGCCAUUGCAACGUUUUGCUAGUGUGCUUUUUGUAUCAAGAAGCUUGUUAGAAGUGUAUGUAAUUCCAUAAUAUGUGUGAUGUGUUAUUGUAAUUUUUAAUUACAAUUUGAUGCAUAUUAUUUUAAAUAAAAUUUUCAUUUGGU